AUCGGUGGAUUUUCUUCUGACCGGGUUCACACGAUCGACGAAUUGAAAAUUUAAAAUUUUUAGUUUUAAAUUGGAGUUUGGGGAUUUUUUUUUUUAAAUAGUAAAUCCUGGAGGUGGGACAUGGCGAACUGUAAGGGAAGAUACUGUCUUUUGCUGAUUGUUCUGGGACUUGUGGGCAAUCAACUGCGAAUACCUGUGGUGACGUGUCAAGAGGAUGACGUAUCCACCCGUUGUCUUCCCCGCAAAACCUUUUACGCGUUUCUUCGUCUACCGGAAGUGAGUUCAAACCUCGCUGCAUAUUCCCGCACCGCUCGCAUUAUGCAAGACGCGAGAAAUGAUUUUGCGCACUUGAAAAGCCUGAGCGCAUCAGGCCGUGAAGACAGCGAUGACACGAGGAUUUGCCUUCCGGCGAUGGUGUACUACGAUAUAUUCAGUGAUCCAACGAUGCAGGCGCACCUCAAUGCCAUCGAACGCGUCCAGAAGAUGAUCGAGGAGCCGGAGCGAGAGGAUGACAGCGGAUUUUUCGACUCGGAGAAGAGGAGUCUUGCUACACUCGCUAAAAACGGAGAUCUUCCGGCUUCCAUUCAGGAGAGGGUGCAGGAGAGGCAGGAGGAUGGGGAGAAACGAAGUGAAUCGAGUAUGACCCCGGAGGAGCUCCUGAAGCUGUACGUAGGCGACUCAUCCGGGGAGAAAUCAACGGACAUGGGGUACCCACUCCCCCGGAGCUCGUUGGACGCAGAACCCGAGGACCGGUUCAAUGGGAAGAGGAACAUCGCAUCCCUCGCUCGAGACUACGCUCUCCCCGGGCGACGAAAUAUCGCGUCAAUGGCACGUGAAUUCGGUCUUCCCAGUGGCAAGAGAAAUGUGGGAAGUCUAGCUCGCGACAGGCAACUCCCCUCGGGAAAGCGAAGCCCCCCCUACACCCUCGGGAGGAUCUUCGUAAUUCCCGUGAGCGGAAAACGUAAUUUGGGAUCUUUGGCCAGAGACUCGGCGCUUCCUCCUUAUGGCAAACGGGGAAUAGCUAGUUUAGCUAAAAACGGUGAUUUCCCUUUUCCAAAGAGGAACGUGGGGACAUUGGCCAGGGACUGGAGUCUUCCGCAGUCCAGGCACGGAAGAUCACUCGAUGAAAAAGAGGUGAAGGAUACCGUGGCCAAUCGGAGGAUUGGGGAUGACGAGGGGAGCAAUGGGUCGAGUCCCUUUGAGGCACAACUCAAUGAUGUCAAGGCGAGGGGGAAGAGACAAGCAGAUUAUACUGAUGAAUAUCCACUUCCGGUUAUGCAGAACACUAAUGUACUGGAUUAUGAGGAUAUCAUUGAGGCCAUUGCUAAUGGAUUUCCACAGGCGACCAAGAGAUUUAUGGGAGCAGGUACCUCAUUGGACGAUUGGCAGGAUGAUGAUGAUACAGUGCCAGUGGCUUAUCACGGGCUUUAUCAACCAAGUAAGAGACAUAUCGGGGCUCUGGCACGCCUCGGUUGGCUACCAUCCUUCAGGGCAGCACGAUUCUCGCGCUCCCCGAGAUAUCUGGUCGGCAGGGAGGAUUCCGCAGAUGGGACCACGUCCGACAACACCUCCGACUCGGCGACUCGGUCGUUAAGUUCACAGAGAAGAGGCUCAGGGACCCGCUACGAGCAAUCACCAAAGGGUGAUUGUCGACAUGGCUUCAGGCGAUAUUUACUGAUACCAACGAAUGAUAAUUAUAUAGAUAAAAAAUUACGUUACUCCAUCGAUUUUUAAUCACACUUGAUCAAUAACUGAAUCUCGAGAAAAAUAUGAAAAAAAAGUUAAUCAAUGAAUUUUAAUUAAUCGAUCAGAGAUCAGAAUAAAAGAAUAAUUUAUCGCAACUCAUUUCCCAUUGAAUUGUUGAUAACUGGAGUUGAAAUUAAUCCACGUAAUUGAAUUUUUAAUCAAAAAACUUCAUUAAAGUCUAAUUGUAAAUUACACCUAGUCAGAAAUUCAUUAGAGUACCGAGUGUAAAUAAAAAUUAAACUUCAGGGACACAAGAAAAUUUAUGAAAACACGAAAUUAGCCGCAUGAAUUAUUCAUUAUUUCUUCUUUCCUCCCCUUUUUUCUUGUCGAGUUUAUGUGUCUCACCUUUUUAAUUAGAAAAAUGUCAGAGCUGCUAUGGCGGGUUCUUGUGAUUAAAUGAGCGCAGGAGAGAGUUAUGGAUUCUAUAAUACUCGUUACAAACAUUUUUACUCAAUUCCGUAGAACAGUCAGAGAGUCAACUAAUCAUUAAAAAAAAUUGACAUAUUUAUUUAGAAUAUUCAGGAGUAAAGUGGGACACACAAUCGAUUCAGUAUAGUAUUAAAUUC